AUGUUAUCUUCCUGUGCUGACAUUUUUGUUUUAUACCUGGGCUUGAAUCACCAUGAGUUUCUAUUCUCCAGGGAUGCUCGUACAAGGGAGUUGUUGAAAGUUUUCAAUAUAGACGGUCAGAUUGAAAGCAUGUUAGUGGGACAGGAUUCCACACUGGAUGAUGAGCUGGGGAUGAAGUUUAUGUCUGGUUCAAAGAAGGAUAAGCCACAAAGUUCCUUCAGUUUCUUUCAGCGCUCACGUAAUGCUAUAAUGGGAGCAGCUGAUGCUGUUCGUCGAGUUGCAGCAAAGGGAGCCUUUGGAGAUGAUAAUCGCAGAACUGAAGCAUUGAUCACCACAAUUGAUGGAAUGACCUGGGUUGGUUGUGCAAAUGGAUUACUUGUGCAGUGGGAUGGAAAUGGCAACCGUUUGCAAGAUUUCCAGUACCAUUCUUUUGCUGUUCAUUGCUUGUGUACAUUUGGUUCACGAAUAUGGGUAGGGUAUGCGAGUGGCACUGUCGAGGUACUGGAUCUUGAUGGUAAUUUGCUUGGAGAAUGGGUGGCUCACAAUAGUCCUGUAAUAGGGAUGGCUGUGGGGGAUGGUUAUGUUUUCACGUUAGCCAAUCAUGGUGGUAUACGUGGAUGGAGUAUUGUAUCUCCUGGACUUCUGGAUAACAUAUUAUGUUCAGAGUUAGCUGCCAAAGAAUUUCUCUAUACUAGGCUAGAAAAUUUGAAGAUAUUGGCUGGUACUUGGAAUGUGGGACAAGGAAGGGCCACUCCUGAUUCACUUAUAUUCUGGCUAGCUUCUGCAGCCACAGAUGUUGGCAUUGUUGUUGUUGGGUUGCAGGAAGUAGAAAUGGGUGCAGGUUUUCUUGCAAUGUCUGCUGCUAAAGAAACUGUGGGUCUGGAGGGGAGUUCUGUUGGGCAGUGGUGGUUAGAUAUGAUCGGGAAAACCUUGGAUGAAGGAUCAACUUUUGAACGAGUUGGUUCCAGGCAGCUUGCAGGCUUGCUCAUUGCUGUGUGGGUCAGAAACAAUAUUAGAGAACAUCUUGGGGAUGUUGAUGUUGCAGCAGUCCCAUGUGGUUUGGGGCGUGCAAUUGGUAAUAAGCUAUUUGAUGGCUUUGCUUGUAUCCAUAUUGGGACCUUUGAAGUCAUGAUAUUAUUUAUGGUUAAGCAGAAUUCCAUGCAAUCUCUAAACUUUGAAGGAGUGAUUUCAGAGCUUCUUCUCUGUGUGGUUGAUGAAGGUGCAGUGCACAGUUGUGUCUUCGAUGGUAGUUUGCCCCAAGUGGAUUGA